CAGAGAUUCAAUGCCCCCGUGAAACGCGAGGAAAACAAACCAGAAUGGGUAACGCAUACCCUAAAGAAAACCUCCGCUGGUAGAUCAGGUGUUGCAUCGUUGGCUUCACGUAGUACACAGAACGAGGCUUCAGAGGAAACGAACAAUGAAAGGAAGACGAAUGCUUCCAAGUCUCUUUCCAGAGGAUUAGCAGCUCUGCUUGAGCGAGAUAAAAUUUUCAGUUCUCAAGAUGCAGUUAAAGACAAAAACUCUGAGGAUAAACGAGCGGAAGAACCUGAAGAAACUAAAGAAGUUCCUAAGAAUGAUGAAAACGUUAUUUCAGAAAAUUCCAAACCCACUGCUGCAACUCAGCGGACGGUUCACAAGGCUCCUCAAGUUCAGCAGGUUCAAACAGGUUCUGUGAGUAUGGACACAAAAUCAGAAAAUUCGAAACCCAUUUCUCCUACACAGCGAUUUGUGCCCUGGGCUCCGCAGGUUAAACAGGCUCAAACCGGUUUGGUCGCUGACGUAGCCAAACCAAUCGCAGAUCAAGAUGGGGAGAAAAUACUUUUAAAAAAAGCCGUCCAAGAAGGAAAGGUUACUCAGGUAAAACCAACCACCCAAACAUAUGUGGCUAAGUCUCCUGUCAUUGUCAUGGGGAGAAAGAGUGGUCCCGAGAGACUUCCCGAAACAAGCAAAGAAAACAAAAGUAGCCUUGACAAAGAUAUCGUCACGUCUUCUGUAAAAACUUCACCUUUUGAGAAACAAGAAGACAAGAAGUGUGACCCUAAUGUGUUGAGCAGUUCAGAAGAAAAAAUGGUAAAUGGCAUUCAUGAGGCAAAGAAAACUGAACCCGCGAAAACUAAGGAAGAUACACAAGUUUAUGUCGCAAGUGUCCAUCAAAAGAAGACAGUCGAAUCAGAAAACGAAACGGUUAAAUUUCUUAAAAAGGAAAUGGAAAGGAUAAAGGCUGAGCAUGAAAAGGAAAUAAAGCGAUAUCAAGAAAUGAUAAGCGAGAUGAAGAGCCGGCUGGAGACUGAAACUUCUGAUAAUUCCCGAUCAAGCUCUGUAUCAAGUGAACCGUCACCAGCUUCCCCUCCCCCUCCCCCACCAGGACCUGUUCCUGCGCCUCCUCCACCACCACCACCACCCCCAGGGGUAGGGGGUCCUCCUCCACCACCACCACCACCUCCUCCUGGCUCUGCAAGCGCUCCUCCCCCACCUCCUCCUCUUCCUGGCGGGGCACCCCCUCCACCCCCUCCCCCCAUGGGUCCUGGUGCACGUCGCUUUGGAGGACCUGCCAAGCCAAAGAAAGCGGCUGUCAAACCUGACGUGGAAAUGAAGCCUUUGUUUUGGACAAGAAUACUCAUAUCAGGUUGGUUUUCCGCGAAGCAUUAUCCUUCAUAGUCAUUGCCUCCCCUUUGGAAAAGGAAAGGGUAGGAGCCUGCACUCUUUCCUCUUCACCCCCAGUUCGUUGAGUACCGCUUUGAAAAUUGUAAGAGGUAUGGGGAUCAGUUUAGAGAAUUAACAAGUGGAUAGCUGGCCUUUAAGGGGUUUAAACCUCGCUCUAAGUUAGACUCAGACUUGAUUCUUCAUUUUGUCUUCAGAUGAGACAGACACUGGAGACGUAAACAACAACAAACCCAAGAACACAGUUUGGAAAAACAUGAAGGAAAUGGACUUCAACAGAAAGGAAUUCCAAAAGUAAGAUUUGAUGCUAAACUAUGAUUUUUUUUUACAAGUAAGUUUGCUGAAUAUUGUAAUACAGACAACCACAGCUGUUCGUAUAUAACAAAGAGUUAGGCUUACUAUUAUUUAUUUUAUUUUAUUUUUUUUUUGGUGAAGGAUGUUUGGUCGGAAGAUUAACAAGAAGGCGAAAUACGAUCACAGAAAAUCCCUCCAUGAGGACAGCCACUUUUCACUUUCCAAAGGACAACACGUGAGUUAAAUUAAACUGUUGCUGUUGUUUUUUUCUUUUCUCUCUUUAAGAAGCAGAUGAUCAUCAAACUUCUCGGAGGCACUUCAAGAAAUGAAAUAUUUUGUAUUUACAAGGCCAGUAAUAACGUUUGAUUCAGCACAAAAGAAAGGUUUAAAAUCAAAGAUAAAAAAGAUAAAAGCUUUUUUCAUUCGUGAUUAGGGAGGGAAUUCACGAUUGGGUCAAUAGGACAAUUGCACGAUGACGUCAUUUUACUACAACUACCAGAAUCCUUGAGUUUGUUGUUUUCUUGUGCAAAUAAAGGGUAUUGUUCUUUAAUCCUCAGUGGAAUUGACAAAUUUAAACAACAAAAGCAAAACCGAAAUGAAUUCUGGUAGUUGUAGUUAAAUAUCAUCAUCGUGCAAUUGUCCUAUUAUGCAACGACACUUAUUUUUGUUUGUUGUUUGUUUGUUUGUUUUUUCAUCAGGCCGCUAAGCUUUUGGACAAUGGCCGAUCACAGACUAUUGGAAUCAUCAUGAGUAGUUUGAGCUGUCAGCUGGAUGACGUCAAGACCGCUGUGUAUAAGAUGGAUAAUUCUGUUCUUGACAUGGACGGGUAAGAUUGCCAACAAACGUCACGGGAUUAGCUUUACGGUCUAUAUAAGACAUAUAUGGUGUACGUUUGAUCAGUGAAGACGGGUUCUGGGUCUGUUUUCACUCCGUCCCUAGUUCUGCCCCUGUAACUAUCCGUUGUACUAUCCCUGUCUAUCCCUAUCCGCUAUAGUUUUUGUUUCACACUUUGGGUGUCGAAUACUAAGACCGUGGUUUUAGUUGGGUUAGUGAACUGCUAUCCACUGCAUGAGAUCAUUAGUCUUUAUGAAGGCAUUUUUUCUAACUCAUUUUCAGAUUAAAGGCGUUGUACGAUAUUCGCCCGAAAUCAGACGAGAUCGAACUGAUCACAAAAUACCAUCAAGAAAAUCCCACCGGUAAGACAAAAUCAACUUCUGUCUUAAUUACACCAACUUUUGAUUACUAAAGGCAAUAAUUACUCUCUUUUCUCGUCCCAUCAGGAAAAAGCACUGAACAUAAUAUUUAGCAGUUCUCUUGUCUUGCUCUUCUGCCAUUCAAAUGUAUAACGCAAGAGAGAAUGAUUUUUCCCGUUCGCCUUCUUUUUCAGUACCUCUGGACAAACCAGAAGAAUUUUUACUUCAAAUACACAAAAUGGACCACUUUGCAGAAAGGCUGGAGUGUUGGUUGUACAAAAAUAAAUUCACAGAAACAAUAACCGCCAUUGGUAAGAGCUUUUUAUACUUGUCUUCCACUGGUUAAGAAAAGGAACAACAUGAGCAACUUUUGAGUUUCUUAUGCUAUGUUUCUGGACGAAAUGAUUUAUGGUCUCACCUUUCAAACAGUAUCUGUUGACCUCGGUUCACUUACGUAGUACCACAUGCUUUUCGAAAUAUUGGAUCUUUCUUUUCAAAUUUUUGUUUGGGUACUCCUUCGUCUGAGCUACAUUGAUUUGCACCAGAAACUCAUAACCCCUUAUGAGUUUCUGUUUGCACUAAAUGUUAUAAUUUUUUCUUGGAUCUUUAGAUAGAAGAUUGUCUGCAAUAGGAGAGGCCAGCAGUCUGCUACGUACUAAGUAAGCCCGACCAUCUUUGCUACUAUUUUCUUCUUUGCGUUAUUAAUUAUAGGCGCUAAUACUGGUAUAUUUGUUUUUUCAAUGAACAUUUUCAGCUCGUUCUUGCUUAAAGAGUACUGACGUACAGAAACUCAGCCAAUGUUAGUUGUGGUAACAUAGAGUAUUUCGCCAAAAAAAAAAUGUUUAUCUAAAGACUGAGAAAAACUCUGGAAAUUUUUACUGCAUGGGCUCCUUGUUACUGCCUAUUUAACCAACUUACAAUCGAGUAGUGAUCUCAAAUUUGGUAUUCUGGUUAGCACAGCUGGGAUAUCGACCAGGAGAUAAUGGCAAUCGUAUUUACCCUCUCCCAGUAAGACAACCUUUAUUUUCCAGUUAUUUUUUCUCAUGAGGUGUUUUUCUUUCAUGUUUUAGCAAAGAUAUUUCAUUCGUCCUUUCUAUUCUCCUGACCUUGGGAAACUUUAUGAAUGGAGGAACAAACAGAGGUCAAGCCGACGGAUUUCAAUUAGGAGUGCUUAAUAAAGUAAAGGACGUCAAAACACAGGUGAGACACUGAGCCCAGAACCGCGCUGAGGACCUUCAGGUAUUCCCUAUGGGAAGAAGAGCUGGAGCAGGCCUUAUGCGCCUACUGGUGCGAUGAGAACUGAUGAUGAUGAAGCCAAACAAUUUAUGCUAACUACUGGUGUACCCUCUUCUUUUACACUGCCUCUGCCACUCUUGUUAAAUCUUGGUCGCCAACUCUAACGUGUGAAAAGAUUUUUGUCCGCCAAGAGUCACCAGAGAGAAACUUUAUAAUGGAGGAACCUUACUACCAAACGAAAGCAAAGUAAAUACUCCCUGGAUAAUCCUAGCAGAUGAAAAAAGUUCGAAGCAAUCAGAAAAUAAACGAACAAGGAUCAAGACAAGUAUAACGGGUAAAGAAUGUGUGAAAUUCCCGUGGGAUUUGCUACCUUCUAAUAUCAGACAGAGACAAAUGAAUUUAAAGCAUCCACGAAGCACGACAGGUCUGAGGACCAAAGCAAUCGCAAAUUUAUUUUCGUUGAAACUGAAAACUGCUUUUCACUUUUCAGGAUAGCAACACUAAUCUGAUGCAGUAUAUUGUCAAACUUUACUGUGACAAGAGGCAGGACGGUCAACCGGGAGACUAUCUCUUACCAGACCCCUACUCUGUCCUGGCCGCUUCUCAGGUAAACCACAAUGCAUUGCAGUCUUAACAUAAAGAUCAGGCCCCAGUUGUUCAAACGUUGGAUAGCACUAUCCACCGGAAAAUCACUAAUCACUAUCCAGCAGAUAAGUAUUACGGAAAUCAAUUACGCUAUCCGCUGGAUAGUGAUUUAUCCGGUAGAUAGCGCUAUCCAACGUUUGAACAACCGGGGCCAGAUGUCCUGAUAAAAUCAGACUCGAACAUCUUACGAAUCUUUCAGUGAAAUAUCUCUUACAUAGCCCGCUAAACCUGAAACAAACAGGUAGUAUAGUGAAUGAAGUCGACAAUUAGUGAAGAGAAGAUGAAUUCUCUCCUGUAGUUGCCUAUUACUUUUCAUAAAGAUAGUUAAUUUAGUUAGUGGAUCCCUCCAAACACGCACUCGCGCGCGGAAUAAAUCGGUUCUCGAGAGUCGGCUUGGAGGUGGAAGAGAAAAAGCUUAUACUUGCCCUCCUUUUUGGAAUACUGUUAAUGUAAGUUUUUUUCAGAAAUUAAUUUUGUCUCUCCCUUUGUACAGGUUUCCUUUAAGGAUAUCAAAGCAGGUAAUUUUAAACUUUUGUAAUAUUUACCUUUUCACUUUUUUUCGGUUUCACAAUAUUUUGAUUUAAGGACGCGAGGUUUUUCCAUCAAGCGGGAAAUUUGAUAUUUAGUCAUCUUUCUUUAUAGAGCUCGCCGAGGCAAAGAUUUCAUUAGCAACAUGUAAAGCUAAGGUACGUCAUUCUUUACAACUUUAUAUCGUUUGAAGUCAGCAAAAUGAAUGUAACCUUAAUUCUAAAGGGUAGCCGCACUAAUCACUAUAAAAGUCUUCUCCCUAGUAUAGUGGCCCUUUAAUUGUAACAAUGAGCCCUAUUUCUGCUGCCUGGACAGGCUAUUCCUUGGCUUUUCUGUGAUAUUCCCCUUUAGGUUAAGACAGAAAAAAAAACGUUAAAACGUAUAGUAAGAUAGGCAAAAUGUAGAUUUUGCGGAGAAUUUCGCUGCCACAGCUCUUUCUAUAAGCAUUUGCCUAUUUUUCAUUUCUUACUUCAUUAUUAAAGAUCUCUAUUCUUGCAGGCAGAGAUGGUACUGGGAGGUGAAAAUUCAUCGCACCGCGAGCCCUUUGAGAGUUUUGUGAAAGAAUAUUUGUCAACAGGUAUGAAUAUUUCAGCAUUAUUUGGCUCUUUUUUUUUCACCUGACUUCAUCUUUAAUACAGGAUUUCGUCCACGGACUUACUGUCUGGAAGGAGGUCACAAAUUCAUCUUUUUUUGCUUGGAACAGGUCUAGAGUCUAGAAGACUCAGUGGUAAACCUCCAUAGAAAAUUUUGGGGCUGAGUACUCCCCAGGCCUCCAUGUACGACCGUCCCUUGUUAAUGUCCACCUAUCCAAAAUACUCUUAAUAUUUAUUUUUCCCUGUAAAAGCACUAUGGUUGGCAGCUCUCGUAAGCAACAUGAAAUAUUGACAUUUUAGACGGUCGCUAACUGGAGUUUUAAUGUCUUUCAGCUGCAUUAUUGUUUUCUUUUUGCAGGUGAAAAAGAUCUUUCUCGUUUGCAAGGAAAGGUCCAAGCAACAGUGGACGACUUUAAAGACGUGGUGAAUUAUUUCCAUUAUACCGGGGAAGGAGAAGAGGUAUUUCUCUGAACCACGAAACUCUUUGCUGUAUUGGCCAUCUUAAUGAUGGUGUCUAUUAUAAAAAGGAAGCGAUUUAAACGUUUCAGGAUCUGGUUUCCAUGUGCAAACAAGUCUCUCCGAAUUGGCAUAUUGUGUAAACCUUUCAUACUGUAUGCGGAUUUGAACAACAAAGAGAAGCAAAUUGUAUUCUGGAGUGGUAGUUGUAGUUAAGUGACGCCAUCCUAAAAAUGGGUUAUGAGUAAUGUAACUUUGGUUUAAACAAGAAAUAAGUAUAUAAAAGAAGCCUAAAGGUGUGUCUUCAUUAAUUUUGUUCCGGUACUCUUGACUUUCAGGCUACACCACCUUUGUUGUUUGGUAUCUGGGGAAACUUUUUAGAGAUUUUCAAGAAUUACUGGAAGGUAAUUAUAAGUAAUCUAACUCAAUAAUAAGAAGAUACUUUUACUUUGAGUUGAUAACGGUUAUGCAAGUGCAAUCCCCUAAAGGUACACCCGUCUCUUACCCUGUCUAGCCUUUCCUUGUCAAGCGUUUUUCGUUUUUCCCAUGAUUCAAGUCAUUAUGUUAAAACAUUAUUAUGGCAAGGAAAUCAUUUUUGAAGUAAAUGAUUAAGAAAUGCUUUUAAUUACUACCAAUUUAGGGAAAACUGGGAUGCUUUUCAGUGAUCAAAAAGGUUGAGUUUAAUUUUCAUCUGGUAGUUGAGCGGAAAACUGACUAAAUCCUGGAAGGGUGGUGAGGUACGCUUUCGAAAAAUUUCCAGUUUCUGGUUUCCAAUCCCUUGGCCUUCUUUUUGAAGUUUAUGGAGAUUAUGGAAAGCUCCUCUUACAUGUCACGUGUUGGAGAGCCCAGGCCUAAUUCUCCAAUCAGACCAGUUUCGUAAUCAAGUCGUCAAUUGGCGUUAGAAUCUGGUUCUCUUUGGUCAGCGGGUGGUCGCAUGAAUAGCUCAUUGCGUCCGCCCGCUAACCAGGAAACCAGAGUACUCGAGGUAUGAGAUUGUUGUUGCAGCCCAAAAAGAAUUUACUUUUAAGGUCCUCUAAGGCAUGCAUCAGUACUUUGGAUGAUCUUUACGUUCUACAGGUAUCAUAUUGUUACAACAGCUCUCCAAAUUCAUCCAACACAAGAGCCACAUUUUGGUAAUCUUUGCGGACUAGGGUGGAUAAAACUGCCACGGGAAUUGGAAUUCAGUUGUGUAUGUUUGGAAUCCAACUCUAACGAACAGGUCUCGUGACAUAAAUCUUACUUUUUUCCACUGAAAGUUAUGCUUCACAGAGUUUUGUUUUCUUAACCAUUCCAGGCUGAGCAGAUUAACAUGUCUAAACGGACGUUUUGCAAUGCAGAUCAUCUCAAACAGGUU